UUCUUAAUGACGUUGCAUACCGGCUGUUUGACUCGGAAGCCAUAGAAGCGUGUACUGAAGAAAUGACCGUCAGUGACCUCAAGUAAGAUGUUGAAGACCUAUCUUUUGUCUUCAUUUCUUUAUAACACAUCAGCAUUUAUGUAGAACUGUGAUAAAACAAUUGUACAUUUUGAAGCGCCUUCGAAACGUCGAGUCAAUACGCAUCUGUCUGUCUCGCGAACGUUCAUAUUUGCUACGUAAAAUAAUGGAAAAUGCUGAAACAUCCGAUCAAAACGGUACGACGCACUACACGAACGGUUUAGUAAACGGAUUUCACACUCAACAGUCCGAUGAUGGAGAGUGUAUUUCAUCUAACGGAGGUGGUCAGGGUGCUAGUGACAGUAGCGGUGGCCAUAAUGGUAUUGACAGUUUCCACCAUCUUCAUCAAGAUGUACACAACAAUGGUUCGCCUACGAAGCGCUGCAGACUCCGAAGACGCGUGGAUUCGGGAAAGAAGAACAGACCGCCCUUUCCAUGGUUUGGGUUGGAUAUUGGAGGCACUCUGGUCAAGCUGGUUUACUUUGAGCCCAAAGACAUAACUGCUGAAGAAGAACAAGAGGAAGUGGAGAGUCUGAAGAGCAUCCGCCACUAUCUGACCUCCAACGUGGCCUAUGGAAACACCGGUAUCCGUGACGUUCACCUGGAGUUGAAGAACCUCACCAUGUGUGGCCGGAAAGGCAACCUCCACUUCAUUCGGUUCCCCACGCAAGAUAUGCACAGCUUCAUCCAAAUGGGCAGAGAAAAGAACUUCUCCAGUCUACACACCACACUGUGCGCCACGGGUGGGGGAGCAUACAAAUUUGAGGACGACUUCAGAACGGUGGCUGAUUUGGAGCUCCAGAAGCUGGAUGAACUGGACUGUCUUAUUCAUGGUCUGCUGUAUGUUGACUCAGUCGGGUUCAAUGGUCAUCCAGGGUGUUAUUUUUUCCAAAAUCCCUCGCACCCUGAAAACUGUGUCAAGAGGCCAUUUAGCCUGGAGAACCCCUUCCCUAUGUUGCUGGUAAACAUUGGCUCGGGGGUAAGCAUCCUGGCUGUCUACUCCAAGGAUGAUUACAAGCGAGUCACAGGCACCAGUUUAGGAGGUGGUACGUUUCUAGGCCUGUGUUGUUUGCUGACUGGCUGUGACACAUUUGAGGAGGCUUUAGAGAUGGCAGAUAAAGGGGACAGCACAAAUGUGGACAAACUAGUGAAGGACAUUUAUGGAGGUGAUUAUGAGCGCUUCGGUCUCCAGGGUUCCGCCGUUGCAUCCAGUUUUGGUCAUAUGAUGAGCAAGGAGAAACGUGAUAGUAUAAGUAAAGAGGACCUGGCCAGGGCCACUCUUGUCACCAUCACCAACAACAUUGGUUCCAUCGCCCGCAUGUGUGCAGUCAACGAGAAUAUCGAUAGAGUGGUUUUUGUUGGGAAUUUCCUUCGGAUCAACACAUUAUCAACUAAGCUGCUAGCCUAUGCCAUGGACUUCUGGUCUGACGGACAACUGAAAGCCCUUUUCUUAGAACAUGAAGGUUAUUUUGGAGCUGUUGGUGCCUUCCUAGAGCUACUAAAGAUGACUGAAGACUCCUGAGACACUGAGGAAAACCCAACCUUCAAACCAGAAGCUGCUGUAAGAUUUCAGGAAAGCCACAUCCCCUAAUAAGAAAAAGCCAUUUAAUAAUGUGACGAGUUUCCAUUUCUCUUUAAAUCAUUCUACAUGCUGGCUCUUCUAUGCUUGUGACAGGAGCAGAUGUUCAAGAUGUUGUGAGCUUCUCCUCAUGAUAACUGUUUCUUGUCAGCGUUGCCAUACACCCAGCACAGAUUUGCCUUUGCCAUGUAUUGAUGAUUUAAGUGGAAGAUGAUUUAGGAUACUAAUGCUUGUAUACUCCCUCUUCUCCCUGUUUGUGAGCUUUAUGAAAACAGUUGUAACGUAUGAAAAGGGUUUGGAGGUGAGUAUUAUGUGUAUAAGUGGAACAGCCUGCUGUAUAAAAACAACCUUCCCCAAUCAUCUCUGAACAAAUCAUGCUUUUAAACCACAAAUCAGAUUUACAUUUACACAUAGAUGAAAAGUCUGUAAGAACAGUCCAUUUAUGCAGGACUUUUCUUUCCCAUUUCCAGUCACAUACAAGCAUUUAUAAUAUCUGUAUUACAUUAAAAAUGCUAAGUUGUAUUAUUGAUCAUACAGUCAUUUUGGACACUAAAGCGUGAGUCAAAAUUCAUUCAUUUUUUAUAAUAAUACAUCAAAUACCAUUUAAAUUUCAGUACUUUUCAGUUAGAUCAGUCUUUUAUUUGAACACUUACAAAAUUAGCUAAAUGUGGUCAGGUAGACCUGUUUUAUCUACAUUGGGCCAGAGUCUAGCCAAAGAUAUCUUAGUUUCUGAGAUAUCUUUACCUCCUUUUAACUGCCCUAUGUAAUGAACAGUGAACAUAUGCACCUGAGCUGACACCGAUUGUGUUGGGACCAAAUUGACUACCUUUACAUUGACUAGAAAACAGUAUCUUCAGCAGAUGGAGAAUUCUCAUAGUACACUACAUACAGUCCAAUAAGUCCUUUCUUAUGGUGAUAAUGAUUUGUAUUUGGUUUUGCAGUCCCAAAUGCUGAGAUUUCUCUGAUCUGAAUGUGUUAACCGUAUACCCUGUGUAUAUACACUGUAUUGUGUAAUGUUUUGUUGUUGUUGUUGUUUUUAUUUAAUUUAUCAUUUGCACAAACCAUCUCUUGUCAUAUUCAUGCCAUUAUGCAGUGAUGUCUUAAAUUUCAUUUGAGACUGCUAACCAAGACAUAUAUUUACUGUCAAACCUCCUUGCAAAUGCCUUCAUCCUUUCAACAUUUUCAUCUUAAACUUCAUCUAUUAAUGAACAUAUUUUGCCUUUUUUCCCCUCAUGUAUCAACAUGAGAAUCUCUUAACUACUGUAUAUGCCUAAACAUGUUUUAACUCUGUAUUAAUGCUGGACAGCUGGGUCUGACUGUGGACGCUCCAGGUUGUUGUUCAGAACCAGAUGCAUGAUGUGCUCCUAAAGCUGGAAUCAGAAAUCCCAAAAAAGAUAUUCCAGUCAUUAUAAUCUAUCUAAAUAUGUAAGAUCAGAAACAAAAGCCUUUCUAAAAGAAAAUGUAUUGCUUUUCCCUCUCUUUGAGCCACAGCGUGACACCAUACAGUUCUACCAAUUUCAUUUUCUCAUUUUUCCAGGACACUCUAAAUAUGAACUAAAAAAGACACGCAAUACUUUUUAACAGCACUGAGAAAAUACGAUUUCUUUUUUUUUUUUUUUUUUGCUGAUCAUCAUGAAUGCAAGCAAGACCAAAACUCCUAAAAGGAAGUAAUAAGAGGAAUAAUAUCAUGAUGCAAUUUCUAUUAGAAGAUUCUGUCUUUUGUGUCAAAAAUAAUCACUUAUUGUGAUUGUACCGAACCGACUACAUGUUCAUCAGGUACUGUAACUCAACAACAGACCUGUGCUGACAUUAAUGUGUAUUUAAGCUGCUGGUUAACAUCUGUGACCGCACGUUAAACACACAGCCUCUACUUCUUUUCCUUCUGUCUGUUGAUUCAUGCUUUACUUCUGCUCAGUCCUUAGAAUUGCCUUAUGCAGUGGGGUGCCAUUUUGUCUUUGGAUGUCUGGAUUAUGCACAAUGGCAUCCCAACAUCUCUCUGAGCCACAAAAGUAACUUCCAAGUGUUACGGGGUGCCUUUUACUGAUGGAGACAAGGCUUUAUCUCUGUAUCCUCUGCAUUGUUGCAAAUGCUAAAUCCACAUCACUGUAUAGAGUAAGCUUUAACAAUAUAUUUGCAGUUUUUCCUUUUUUUGGGGGGGGGGGGGGGGGUAUUGCUUUACCUGUAUGCCACAGCAGACUGAAUGCAUGUGUCGGUACUUUGUAUUUUUACUGAGCCAAUACAAAGCAUGUAAGCAAUUUCUGAACAGGUGUGUCACCCCUUAAGGCGAUGAUACACUGGGCAACUUUUUGAGCAAUGUUGCUGUUCAGUGUUACCAUAAAUGGGCAACCAGGUGAGACACCGAGCAUACAACCGAUCUAAAAUAUCCAAAUAGAAAUUUUCUGCCCAUUCUCAAUGGGAAAGUGCCCAAGACACGUUGCUCAAAAAAGAUUCCCCAUGUAUCAUCACCUUCAGGCAUUUGAAUGGAUCGCUCCAAUGUAGUCAAAUUGCCUUUGUCAAGUUUUGUUCUUGUAAACCAGCAUAACACUUGGAUCUUAUGUCAGCGCAUGUUAAUGUCAAUGCGCUGUUUGUAUUAAAUUAAAUGUAAUCUUUCUCUCCUUUCAUAAAUGUAUCUGUCCCAGACUGUA